AUGACUCACAGCCAGCCACGGCUUCCAGCGGCUCCCCAGCGCGCUGUCACUCGCGCUCCCGACUCGGCAGAGGCGACUCUCAUCGGGAGGACUUCCUCGUCCAAUACGGCCGCGCAGACGGAAAGCGGCAGCGUCGAGAAGGAGAUAUCGAGGGGAAGUAUGGGUCACCAUCCGCUCUUUGCAGACAAGGCGAGAGGGAUCAGGCUGAGGGCCUUGCGAUUCACGGCUUCCUGGUACUCGGUGACGAUGGGCACGGGGAUCGUCAACACCCUCCUGUUCGACCUACCAUGGGAAAACGCCCACCCGACUUUCCGAGCAAUCGGCUCAGCCUUCCUCAUCUUCGACAUGGUCCUCUUCCUCGCCUUCAGCAUCCUCACCGUUACGCGGUAUACGCUUUAUCCGAAGAUCUUCAUGGCGAUGCUGCAGCAUGAGACGCAUUCGCUGUUCCUGGGCUGUAUACCGAUGGGAUUCGUCACCAUCAUCUCUGGCAUUGCAGCAACAGGCCAUGAGUACGGCCUGCCAACCCUCGACGCUGCGCUCGUGUUGUACUGGUCCUCGGUUGGCAUGUCAAUGCUCACGGCUUUCGGUAUCCCCUUCGUCAUGUUCACCCAGCACAAGCACACUUCGGAGACGCUGACGGCGGCAUGGCUUCUUCCCAUCGUCCCGCUCAUCACCGAAGCCGCAGUCGGCUCAACCCUCUGCAAGCUCCUCCUCCUCCAAAACCGGCACACCUACUGCCUCACCCUCCUGAUCGCCUCCUACCUCUGCGCUGGAAUCGGCAUGCUCCUCGCCGCAGCAGUCAUCGUCCUUUACCUCCAGCGACUGUUGUUGCACCAUCUUCCGCCGAGGGAGGUGAUUGUUUCGUCGUGGUUGCCGGUUGGACCUAUCGGACAGGGAGGGUUCGCGUUGAUUGAGCUGGGCCAAGUAGCGACGAAACUCUUCCCUCUCAUCGCAUCCCCUUCACGCCCAGCACUAGACUUCCUCGGACCCGCCAUGCUUGGCUCAGCAGUCCUAACCGGCCUCCUACUCUGGGGACUCGGCAUUUGGUUCGCGUUCCUUGCGAUUGUUAGUAUCGCGGCGCAGUUCAGGCGCAGCGGGACGGAGGGAGCGGGAACGGCGGUGUUCAAUAUGGGAUGGUGGGCGUUCACCUUCCCCCUCGGCUCGCUCACCCUCCUCACCUUCUCGCUCGCGACGGUCUUCGACUCGAUGUUCUUCAAAGUCUGCUCGACGAUCAUGACCUUCUCGGUCUUCUCGCUAUGGUGCAUCGUCUUCGUCCCGACCUGUAUCGGGUUCUUCCGGGGAACCCUCUUCGCCGCGCCAUGCCUCCAGGCGCUUCCGAAGGAGUACGUCGACAGGCUCGCUCCGGCAGAGGGCGGUCCGAAGCUGCGCAAGGAGGAACAGCAAGCCCAGGCGAGUGCAUAG